GCGGUUAAAGGCGCUCGGGGGUCGUGACGGGAACAAACACGCGUUGGAUCCGACGACUCGGAUACUAAAUUAUGUUUGAGCGCGAUUUUCAGGGAAGCCACACAGAGAAACGCGCUUUAAAGGUUAUUUCAGACAACGCUGUUUUGCGGGGAGCUGUCCAAGGUGGGGUAGGAUGAUGGGAUGAAGCACCUGUUGCUAUGCCAACGAAGGAUAACGAGGAUGCGAGCAAUCUCUGCUUGGAAUGCCGUCACCAAAUGAUAGCUAUAAAUGGAGUACCAACUUUGUUAACUUUGUGAGGUAUUACAAAUAGCCUAUUUUUGUAUUUGAUCUGGACAGCGUUUUUAAAGUCAACUUUAUUCAGAUAACGUUUUAGUAUUUUUUAUUCAUCGUGUUCCUAAGCGACGUUUAUGAGGGCAUGUGAUGUUAAAUAUUAUGUCAGUUUAAUCCAUUACACUUGAGUCAAUUAUUUACGAGCCCAGUCCCCAGAAGGGCCCGUUUUAAUACAAGAUCGUCAUACGGACAUGGAAAAAGUCAAGUGUGUUAAUGAAAUGCCACGAGGUGCUGGGAGAGUCGCUCGCGCUGCACGCUUUGCGGCUCGCUGAUCCGCUGACACGCACAUUCACGCGCGUCAAUGACGUUGGCUCCGUGGUUAGGACGGGCACGGCUCGGCCUGCUGACUGCGUGUAUUUAUUCAUGGCUGGUGGUUCAGGGAUGCGGGCCGGGCCCGGGUUACGGCGGCCGCCCCAGACAGCGCAAGUUGACUCCGAUGUCUUAUAAGCAAUACGUGCCCGGUGUUUCUGAGAACAACCUGGGAGCGAGCGGAAGAGCGGAGGGCAGGAUCACGCGCAACUCGGAGCGCUUCAAUGAACUGGUGUGCAACUACAACACUGACAUUGACUUCAAAGACGAGGAACACACCAAAGCCGACAGGUUCAUGACCAAGCGCUGCAAGGACUGCCUAAAUAAACUAGCAAUAGCGGUAAUGAACCAGUGGCCUGGGGUUCGACUGAGAGUGACAGAGGCCUGGGAUGAAGAUGGCCACCACCCUCCCGGUUCUUUACAUUAUGAGGGCCGAGCCGUUGACAUCACCACCUCAGAUCGGGACACUAAAAAAUAUGGCCUUCUUGCACAGUUGGCAGUCGAGGCUGGAUUUGACUGGGUGCACUAUGAAUCCAAAUAUCACAUUCACUGCUCUGUCAAAGCUGAUCACUCUGUAGCAGUGGAGAAAGGGGGCUGCUUUUCAGGAUCAGGACUUGUGAGAAUGGCUAAGGGCGUGCGAAAGCCCAUGUCAUGUUUGCGGCCUGGAGACCGGGUGCUUUCCUUGUCCGGGUCAGGUGAUGUUGUUCUCAGCCGGGUUCUUCUCUUUCUACAUCGGGAUGUAGAGAGCAAAUCCACCUUCCUUAUUUUUUGGACAGAAAAUGGAAAACAACUGUCAAUUACUCCUAAUCACCUCAUCUUUGUGGCUUCCAGUCUCAAACGGCACCACCAUGAGUAUCAAGCUAUAUUUGCAAAAAGAGUUAGGAUUGGAGACUAUAUACUUACUACUGGGGAGGAUAGAGGAAUUCAGCCGUCCAUGGUAGUCUCCGUUUCGCUGGAGGAGAGGAUAGGGAUUUAUGCCCCUUUAACAGAACAUGGAAACUUAUUCGUGGAUGGUGUGCUGGCUUCCAACUACGCCUCUGUUGAGGAUCACAGUCUUGCACACUGGGCAUUUUGGCCUUUCCACUUCUUGUUAGGCUUUCUCCAAACAGAGAUGGAUGAAGAGUUGAUUAUAUUUAAAAAUAAUGCCUUCAAAAACUGUUCUUCAGAUCAGACCUUUCUCACUGAUAUGAUACACAAAUCACGCACAACUCCCAGCACAUGCAGCAAAUUCCAAGAUGCCACAGCUGGAAUUGAAAAUGAACACAGUUUUGUACAACACUGUGAUUGGGCCGAUGGCCCUAAAAAGGAGGUUUACUGGUAUGCAAGAUUUUUGCACACAUUGGGACAAAUAUUUCUUGAUCCUCAGAUGUUUUACGGAUCGUCUGAUUGUAAGAUACAGAAUAUGUGGACUUAAUACCAGCUGUGCCUGACAUUAUCUCUGAAAAUAAUAACAUUUUUAAAACUACUGACCAAAAAUGGAAAUGCAAUAGACACUGUUUGGAAUACUACUACUACUCAAUAAAUAUAAAAGGUUUAGUGUUUUACUCAUUUAUAUAUGUGAUUUUUGUUUCAGAUAUGUAUACUUUGGAAAUAUUCUUGUGUAACUUAAAAAUCAUAUUUUUUCAGAUAUGGCUUAUGUUUGAAUUUGAAAAUUCCGAAUGUAAACAUGUACUUCUAUUGUUUGUUUUUAAAGAAAAUAUUUAGAUGAGUAAAAAUAUUUAUUUUUAUACUUUUGGAUUUAUAAUAUAUAUUUUAAACUGCACGUCCAUGUAGUUCUGGUUAUAGCCUGAGGCUCUUUGUUAUACCGGCAGACACUGAUAACUUUUUAUAUUGUUAUUUUCACUGGAUGUUCUUGUAGUGAAUUAUGUUGCUAAAUAAAACCUCAUCUGCUUGGA